AUGGCCAGCAGAUCUAGAUGCAACCAACCCGGAAGUCGUCUCGACUUUCCGUGGUACACUUUUCCACGAAAUGUUGGGCCCGAGGUUUAUACUAGAUGGAAUGCAAAGCUGGAUUGGGUAAAGAACCGAAACGUUCAUGUGCCCGCAGUGGUAGAUUGUCAGUGGAUGAGUGAAACCGGAUUGAUGGAAGCAAUUGAACCAUAUAUUGAUAAAUCAUUUAAUGGAGUUCAUGGGCAAUUUCUUUGUCUAGGGUGGAGGCAGAUAUUCCAAAUUCAAGAGAUUGUGUACAAGGAACUACUCAUCGAAUUUCUAGCCAUGGUGUCUUUUGCAAGGAAGGAUGGCAUUUAUGCUGACAGCAACCUCACUUUUUGCCUCGGCGGCGAGAGGCGCACUCUUAGCCUUGCGGAUUUUGCACUAAGGGCGGAGAUUUACCUUCCGUCCGAAGUUCAUUCUGAGUCUUAUCAGCAAUAUAUUGCAGGUUGUGUCAGAAAUACAGAGGGGUUUAAAGAAGAAUUGCAUUGGAAUGCAAUUGCAAAUGGAGUUUAUGAAAAAGGAACUGCACAAGAGAGUGACAUCCGCUCUCCUGUCCAUUGA